AUGGCACAAUCCUGCCUGGCUGGCAAGCCUCGCACUGCACUGGAGCUGUAUGCAGCAGCUGUGCAGAAGCAUGCGCAUAACGCGCAGUCGGCCUUCAGUCCACCAGGAUUUUUUCCGAUGUAUACCGUUCCGUUGGAGGCACUCAUGCGUAUGAGCAAAGUCCGACCCCUCGAACAACUCAAAGCAGAAGGCAUCAUCGUCGUGUUUAAUGAGAGUUUGGGCAAAGCCAUUUUCAUAUCCCAUCAGUGGAGGGGUCGGGGCCAUCCUGAUCCAGACGGUCGGCAACUCCACGUCCUCCAGAUGGCUUUUAAGAACCUCCUGUCUGGUGCAUCGAGCAUCUCGACACCAAUCAUCACAGAAAUCGUGUUUGGCUCCGUACGUGCUCCCUCGGCAGCUGAACUGCGCGACACGCCUCUUUUUGUCUGGUAUGACUACUGCAGCUGUCCGCAGGAGUGCCUUGACGGCGUUAACAGUGACCAACUGAGCGCGAUUAAUAGCAUUCCUUCCUAUGUCGCCAGAUGCGAGUACUUCGUGAUCCUAUGUCCAGCGCAGGAGGAUGAGUCUCAGCAGAUAUUAAGUGCGAAAACUUAUACUGAACGGGCUUGGUGUCGAGCAGAGCGCGCGGCCCGCGAGCUCGCCUGCAGCAGCGGGGUCACCUUUGCGGUGGAGAGCCCUACACAUCAGACUCUUGUCAACCAACAGCUAGGUUUCCUGCUCCCUCCGGGCGAAGGCCAGUUGACGGUGGAUGAGGACCGGCAGAAGUUGGCCAGCAUCAUGGUGCAGCUCAUUUGGAACAAGCUCUCGCACUGCUUGGCACAAGGUGACUUGCACAUGUACCGCCUCAUUUUGAAUCAGCAAGAAGGGCGACUAAGGGGCCUGAACACCGACCCCAUCGACCUUGCCAUACCAGGUUUCGAACCGGAGGUGGAUCCGGAUGAGGACCCGGAAGAGUUUAUGCUUUCAAACUUUAUGCAUCAGAAUGGCUUCCAACACAUUUCCCAGAGGGACGCGGCAGGGUGGACCCCUUUGUGCUACGCAGCCAUCAAUGGCAGCACCCUCAUUGUCUCUGCACUUCUGAUGCGCAAAGCUGAUCCGAACGACAAAAUAACAAAGAAGGAUCCACAGGCUUUUGCUCAGAAGGAUACUUCCGUCGUCAGCCUCUGUGCUUGGUACAACCGGAAUGAGGCCCUGAAGCUACUACUGGCAGCACGUGCUCAUCCUGAUGCACAGUCUGCACUAAAGCAAACAGCUCUAGAGUGGGCCUGCUGCGGGAAUAACGUCGAGGGAAUCCGUCUGCUUCUGGACGCCCGUGCGGAUCACAGCAUCCAGAACGUCAUGGGCUGCACUCCCUUUCAGGCUGGUUGCUGCAUGGGAUCCGUGAAGUCCAUGGAGGCCAUGCUGCGUCUCACUCCGGGUCAGAAGCUGGAGCACGGCCUCCACUUCAGCCUGAUGUUGGGAGAGGGUUCGAGUCAGGCAGUCUCCAUGUUGCUGCAGGCGCGUGCAGACGUGAAUGAGAAGUGUGACUUCUUUCGGACGAAGACCUAUGGCUGGUGGACUCUGCUCCGAGCGCUCAGCUUGGCACAUAGCACCGGGUUCUCCUCCAAGCUGCGAAAGCUGGCAUACCACCACCGUGGCGCGACCCCCUUGAUGUUCAGCAUACUAGCCGGCACCUUCGACGCAACACAUGCCCUGCUCCAGGCCGGAGCGAACACAGACCUGAAAAACUGCCGUGGGAAGCAACCCCUGGACCUUGCAGAGGAGCUCGGGGCUGGCCCAGAAUUACUGAAGGCUCUUCGGCAAGCCCCAAGUUCUCAAGACCACCAGGGCCAUAGCUGUCAUCAGUUUGAGGCAUUCGACUUCGGCCCCAUCAUUUCCGAGGCGUUCUGA